AUGCCUAUGUUUCAAUUCCCUACAUUAACAAAAACCGGAUCUAUGGUGGUGAAUCUGGUGAACCGGCUUCCUAUGGUAUCCACACCGAAUACGCUGAAUGCCACGCCGAAUGCCACCCCUAAUACCGACCCUAAUAUCACCCCUAAUAUCACCCCUAAUAUCGGCCCUAAUAUCAACCCGAAUACCACGCCGAAUAUCAACCCCCCGAAUGCCACGCCGAAUGCCACCCCUAAUCAAAUCUCUAUCGCACAGCCGGUCACAUCCUAUUCAAUUUAUAUGGAUAACUACUUUACAUCAGUUCCUAUAUUCAAAGAACUACGUCAACAGGGGUAUGGAGUAUGUGGAACCACUCGUUCAAACCAGGUUCCAGCAGUACUAGGCGAGCUUCGAGAGCAUUCAAAUUCCAUACCCUGGAAUACCCUGCAUGCCAUUGAAAAAGAGAAUGUUCUCUGUCUUGCCUGGCAAGAUAAUAAUAUGGUAUUGGCACUAACUACGAUUCAUUCAUUGGACGCAGUUAUUGAACGUACUCGUAAAUGCCCAGGGGAACUCUCAACCAAUGCCAAUAUUGUUAGAAAAGUCUUUGAAGGUCAACCACAAAAGAAGCUGAAAAUCCCAUUGAUUAUAGAUGAUUAUAAUCAUAAUAUGAAUGGGGCCGUGUCGAUGUCCUUGGGCGGACGGGAGGGCGUUGAGGGCUCCAUGACCACUCAACCUGUGCAGUACACACAUGUAGAGAGAUCGCAGAGGGCGUGCGAUGAUAUUGAACGGGUUGGAGGGUUAAAAUUAUACGAAAAACAGUUGGAAAACUGGAAAAUUCAAAUGUACCCCUACGUUCUUGUGAAGAGCUGA